AUGUUUCCUUGGAGCCUGGUCUGCUAUGCCCUGCGGCAAGAGGCAUUGACCUCCUCAGUCCUUCGUUCCUAUGGGAGAUUCUUGCACAAGCGCUCAACAAUUGAAAUCUUGAUCCGAGGAAAGAUGGCCAGUGGGGGGCAAGACAAUCAGCAAAUGUAUUCUCAGCCUCACCGCUUUGAGAAGUACAAUUAUACUGCUCCAACACACUGUGACCACUGCAAUCACUUGCUCUGGGGCAUUGUUAAAACGGGGACAAGAUGCAUGGAUUGUGGCUUGAAUUGCCACGAAAAGUGCAUGGAUGCUGUCACAAAGAAUUGUCCCAAGUAUAAGGCUGUGAUUGAUGCUGCUGUCAUUGGCUCAUCUGCUAUCUUGGCUCCUUCUGAAGAUGGCAGCUCGAUUGCAUCUACGAAAAAGAGCCAAGGUUAUCUCUGUCUCCUGGUGGUAUUUAGUUCAUCAUCAGAGUUGGCUCCAGAAUCCUGA